ACGCGAGCGCUUUUUAGCUUAAACGUGUAAAUUAUGUGGGAAAUGCCCCUUUCCGUGAAAGGCAUCUGGCCGACAGGCUUUGCAUUGGCCACAGCGCCUUUGGAGGCUCUCACAUAAGAGCACGUGCGCGUCGGUUUGCCACCUUCCCGCCGCCGGCGUCAUCCAAGGAGACCAAAUGGCAAGAAGCGAGGGGAGCUGAUUCCAACAGACUACCUCAAAGACAGACCAAAUGGAAUGAUAACUUGGGUGAACGUGAAUGAAUAAAGUCACUUCUGCAAAUGUAGGGCAGAAGGCCAAUGGUGCAAACAGUAUGGCCCUAAUGAACGGACAGACCAGUAAUAUUAAUAUUGUACCAACUGCUUCAGAGAAGAGUAGCAGCUCAGAAUCAUUGAGUGACAAGGGUUCUACUGAAUUGAAGAAAAGCUUUGAUGCAGUAGUUUUUGAUGUUCUGAAAGUUACACCUGAGGAAUAUGCAGGCCAGAUUACCCUCAUGGAUAUUCCUGUAUUUAAAGCUAUUCAGCCAGAGGAACUGUCAAGCUGUGGUUGGAAUAAAAAGGAAAAAUAUAGUUCAGCACCAAAUGCAGUUGCUUUUACAAGAAGAUUCAACCAUGUAAGCUUUUGGGUAGUUAGAGAGAUUCUUCAUGCACAGACAUUAAAAAUAAGAGCUGAAGUCCUAAGCCACUAUAUCAAAACUGCUAAGAAACUUUAUGAACUAAAUAAUUUACAUGCUCUUAUGGCUGUGGUUUCUGGAUUGCAAAGUGCCCCCAUCUUCAGGUUGACUAAAACAUGGGCGUUACUGAGCCGAAAAGACAAAGCUUCUUUUGACAAACUGGAAUACAUAAUGAGCAAAGAGGACAAUUAUAAAAGACUAAGAGACUAUAUUGGUAGCUUGAAGAUGACUCCUUGUAUUCCUUAUUUAGGUAUUUAUCUCUCAGAUUUGACAUAUAUUGACUCAGCAUAUCCAUCAACAGGAAGUAUUCUGGAAAAUGAGCAGAGAUCAAAUUUAAUGAAUAAUAUCCUUAGAAUAAUUUCAGACUUGCAGCAAUCUUGUGAAUAUGAUAUUCCUGUGUUGCCUCAUGUUCAAAAGUAUCUGAAUUCUGUUCAGUAUAUAGAGGAACUUCAGAAGUUUGUGGAAGAUGAUAAUUAUAAACUUUCAUUAAAAAUAGAACCUGGGACCAGUACCCCUCGCGCCACUGCAUCUCGUGAAGAUUUAGUUGGCCCCGAAGUGGGUGUUUCUCCCCAAAUGGUGCGAAAGAAUGCUACUGCUGAAGGAGCAUUGCUACCACCAACUCCUCCAUCUCCUAGAAACCUGAUGCCUCAUGGGCAUAGAAAAUGUCACAGUUUGGGAUACAAUUUCAUUCAUAAAAUGAACACAGCAGAAUUUAAAAGUGCAACAUUCCCAAAUGCAGGACCAAGGCAUCUUUUAGAUGAUAGUGUCAUGGAAUCACAUGCUCCAUUACGAGGGCAGGCAGAGAGCUCCACCCUUUCCAGUGGAAUUUCAAUAGGUAGCAGUGAUGGAUCAGAGCUCAGUGAAGAAACUUCUUGGCCAGCAUUUGAAAGGAACAGAUUAUACCAUUCUCUUGGUCCGGUGACAAGAAUAGCACGAAAUGGCUAUUGGAGCCACAUGAAAGGCAGCAGUUCUGCGGAGUCUGAAGAUUUAGCUGUUCAUUUGUAUCCAGGAGCUGUUACUAUUCAAGGGGUCCUUAGAAGAAAAACUUUAUUAAAAGAGGGGAAGAAACCAACAGUAGCUUCUUGGACCAAAUACUGGGUGGCUCUAUGUGGAACACAGCUUUUCUACUAUGCUGCAAAGUCUUUGAAGGCUACAGAGAGAAAACACUUCAAAUCUACACCAAGUAAGAAUGUGUCAGUAGUGGGUUGGAUGGUUAUGAUGGCUGAUGAUCCAGAUCAUCCGGAUCUUUUCCUACUCACAGAUUCUGAAAAAGGGAAUUCGUACAAGUUUCAAGCUGGUAACAGAAUGAAUGCAAUGCUGUGGUUCAAGCAUCUAAGUGCUGCCUGCCAAAGCAAUAGACAACAGGUUCCUGCCAAUUUGAUGACUUUUGAGUGACCAUCUACUGCAGAAUUAGAUCCAAGAAUUUGAUCCAUCCACUUUUGAAUGCUAUUUCAUGGUUUGAGAAGUCCUGUUGAAGGCAUGCCAGCUGUACUUCUGACUAGGAAGUAAACAGAAGUUCUGAAUAAAAGCACUAAGAUUUCAGGGAAUGGAAUGUGACAUGAACUACCAUGAGGCUUGCUGCUACUCAAUAUUCUCUGAACUGACUUGUGGAAACCACUGCCUUAAAGAAUGAAAGGUUAUCCAACAUGAAACACCAAAUUUGUGUGUGUGGUGUGUGUAUGUAUACGUGUGUGAAACCUCUGGUGGUGCUGUGCUUAGGUUAAGUAGGUUGUAGCUAGUUUGAAUUUGUGUUCACUUUGUAACAUUUUAAUUUUAAAGCCCUGCUUUUUGCAGUUUUUCUUGUUGUAAAAAAGGAGUACAUCUGAAACUUAAGGGUGUUUCAAGGGGUAUUUGUGCAAGGGGAUAGCCUGUGUUUUCUUGAAAAAUAUGCAGCUUAUAUCUGUGUCCCUCUGUAUUAGCUCUUGUGCUCAGCUAAUUGGGGACACGAUAUAAUUAGUUUAGCUUAGAAUGUAACAACUGUAAUAUAUGCAAAUUUAUCUUUUUAUAAAGCACUGACUUUGCAGAAUUUGAUACUACAUGAGGUUUUUCUUUUCUGCAAGUGACACAACAGCCAAUAUCAUAU